AUGGAGGGCUUCAACAAACCCCGGCAGAUCCUCUAUUUCAAUGGACGCGAUAUCCGUCACAUCGCGGCAGGUUUCGGCUUCUCGGUGUUCGCGUCCAGGAGGAGGCUGUACGGCGGUGGAGUGGACAUCUUCAGCAACGACAUCGCAAACAGCGACUACUGGAGCAGAGGCAUUUGCCUGAAUGCCGAUGCGAAGGAGAAGCAGCUGGGCACGAUCAUUGGUUUGGCGGCCGGCCGACGACACUUCCUGGUGGCGUGCCGCGAUGCAGUCUAUGCCUUCGGCGACAACGCGCACGGCCAGUGCGGGCAAGAUCCCGAGAAA